ACACCCACCAACCACAAAUCGAAUGUAACAAAAUGCUGCUACAAUUCGCUGUGAGGUUCAUUUGUUGUGAGUUGAAAAAGCUGAAAACGAAUUUAACCAUGUUUUUAAUAUUCUUCUGGAUUAUAUGGUUCUCGCAAAUAAUAGCCAUAUCAACGGUAUUUAUGAGCUUUCCAGAGAUCAUAACGGAGCUACCAACUGUCACAGUUACGGAGCUGCCUCUGGAUCGUAUUAAGAGUCGUCUGGAAUCUGUUAUACUCGAGGAGAUACAGUCACCGACGAGCAACAAGAGCGAGGAGCAACAGCAGCAGCAGCAGCAGCAACACGAGCAGGAGGAGCAACCGUUGCAGCCACUGUUUGAAGCUGCCAAGGAAGUGCCCCAAAAAGAUGAACAAAUGCCGAAGAUCAAUGAUCCCGGGGGAGGCUUCGAUCUGGAUGGAUUGGUCGCAUCAGCAGAGGCUUUGGGCGCUGCAGGAGACGAUGGCACUGGGAAUGUGACCAGCGAAGAGCAGCAGACUGGAGGAGCAGGAGCAGCAGCAGGAGAGGGGACAACAAACGACACCUUGAACCCAAAGGCGAAUCUCACUAAAAGCAAUGAGGAGGUGCCCAUGCCCGUGUUCUCCGAGUGGGCGCAAAAGCAGAUGGAGGCCGAGGCUAGUCGCGAGCAGGCCAUGGAACUGGAACAGCAGGUGGCCAAUAAUUCAGCGCAGCGCAGGAACAACACCGGAUCUGCGAGUGGCAAACCAGCGCCACUGAAGCUGCGCUCCAAGAACUAUGCCUCGCCCGACUGCGGUGCGAAGAUCAUUGCCUCGAAUGGAGAUGCCACCAAUACGGGCGCCGUGCUGACGCAGUCCAGCGAUGAGUACAUGCUGAGCACGUGCGGCAGUCGCCUUUGGUUCGUGGUGGAGCUGUGCGAGGCCAUCCAAGCCCAGAAGGUGGAACUGGCCAACUUCGAGCUGUUCAGUUCGUCGCCCAAGAACUUUACGGUGGCCGUUUCGAAGCGAUUUCCCACCCGCGACUGGAGCAAUGUGGGUCGCUUUGCGGCCGAGGAUAAGCGUACGGUGCAGACGUUCGAGCUGCAUCCGCAUUUGUUUGGGAAAUUCGUACGCGUGGACAUUCAUUCGCACUACUCCAAGGAGCAUUUCUGUCCCGUUUCGCUGUUCCGCGUGUUCGGCACCUCCGAGUUUGAGGCCUUCGAGACGGAGAUACGUCCCAGCGACGAGCUGGAUGAUUUCGAUGAUGAUUUCGGUGGCGGUGGCCAAGAGCAGGGCGGCAGCAGCAGCCACAAGGCCAACGCUGGCGGCGGUGGUGGUGGCAUCUUUCAAAGCGCCUCCGAUGCGGUCAUACAGAUGGUAAAGAAGGCCGCCGAAGUGCUGGUAAAGCCCACAAAAGCACUCAAAUGGUCAGCCGAGUCGCUGCUCUGCAAGACGCCCGCCUUUGGGACCUUCAGCUGCGCCAGCUGCAACAGUACGCUGGUGCAGCGGAUCAACAGUCUGCUGUCGUGUCAGUUUCAGCAGUUGCAACUGCUGCUCAAUCACAGCCAGCUGAGGUCGGAUCUGCUGCAGAGUGGCGUGUGCCAGGAGGAGUACGCCAUCAGUCUGUGGGGCAGCGAAAAGUCGUGUGGCCUGGCCAAGCGUCAGAGCUACUUUCUGAGCAUGCUGCCAGCCGAGCAUGUGGGUGCCAUGUGCAAGCUGCUGCAAGCAGAGCAGAACAACACAGUGGAGCAGCAGCAGCAGAUUGAGGCGACACCAGAACUGAAGCCGCCGCCAGAACAAGCGCAGGAGAAUGCCACAGCGGCGUCAGAGACCAGCAGCGGCCAGCAGGAGUUGAUUGUAGAGGAAGCCAUGAAGUCCCAACCAAGCCUGGAAAUUGUAACGCCCGAGAGUGUGGCCGCCAGCCUAGAGAUGCCCUCAUCAUUGAUCGGUGAUCAAUCCGAACCCUCAGCGACGACAACAGCCGCCACAACGAAUUCCACACCCGCAGAUGUGAAUAUAUUCAAUGUCCCAGCCGAGACGGAGGAACUGGAGUUGCCUGUGGUGCCCAACCAGCCAACUGUCUCCACCGCUCCUGUUACACCCACUUUGGUGGAGUCGCCCAGCGAUGUGGAAGCCACAACAAUGCCACCCAGCUCCAGCGAAGUGCCGCACAACGCCGAACUAGCCAUCGAGGAGAGCAAUCCCGCCAACUGGGAGAGUCUGGACAAUCUGCUGACCACCACAGUGGCCUCCAUAACAGCAGGAGGUAGUGCGGCCGCUGCCGCUGCAGCAGCAGCCGUGGCGGGUAAUGGAAAUGGUAACCAUUUGGGCGUUGGCGCAGGCGGCGCUGGAGCAGGAGGCAUAGGAUCCAAUGUGAAUCUGCAGCAGAAGCUCACGAAUGGCGGGCAGUCGGAGAGUGUGUUCAUACGCCUCUCCAAUCGCAUCAAGGCGCUCGAAAGGAACAUGUCGCUGUCCGGGCAGUAUCUGGAGGAGCUGUCGCGCCGCUACAAGAAGCAGGUGGAGGAGCUGCAGCAGACGCUUACGCAACAGACGCUGACGGUGCGCUCGCUGGAGGACCAGAGCAGGCGGUACAUCGAGCAGGAGCAGCUCUACCAACAGCAUAGCGCCGAGCUGGCCGGCGAAGUGCGUGCCCUGAGCUACCAGGUGCAGGCCUGCAUACUGGUCAUCAUCAUUGUGGGCAGCUUUAUCGUUCUGAUGCUCGUCCUGGGCACUGUCUACUACCGCAAGCUGCGCCGCCAGACACAACAGCUCAAGGAGGGUAACCCCUCCGGCCAUGCCAAGGCGGCCAAACCGAAGCUGGAUCGCCGCAAGUCCUACGAACAGAUGCUCAAUCCGCAGUGCACGCCCAAGCAGCGCCGGCCCAGCGAGGAGGCGAUGCUCAUACUGAAGGACUGCGGCGACAGUCAGCUGGUGGGUGCCAGUCAGGAUCUGGCCAGCAGGCAGCGAAAGAUAUCGGUGUGCUAUGGCAGCAACAACAACAUUGCUGCGAAUAUGAUGACUGCGAAUCCCAAUCUACGAGCCUCGCUGCACCGCCGCAAGGGAGCCAAACAUUCGUGGCACAACAGCAUGGACACGGCGGAGACGACAUCCUGUGCCGCCGAGCAGCUGGACACGUUCUUCGAUGCGGAUACCCUAAAGAGCUUGAAGCAGCAGCCAUCGUCGUCGGGUAGCAAGGCCGGCAAAAGGAAAUCCCUGCAGCAGCAGUUGGCCCUCAAGCGGCAGGAGUCGGCGCCGGCCAGCAUGAUGCAGAAUGAGCUGGCCGAGGAGGAGCCGGCAUCGCAGAGCGAUUUCGAUGAGAGUCUAAUGCUGGACGAUGAUGAUUUGGUCAACUUUAUACCCACCAGCGAUCUGGCCUACAACGAGUUCAUGCCAGAGGGUCCCUCCGGAUAUCUUGUGCUGGAUGCGGUCGAUGGCAAGUCGAACAGAGCCGAGCAGCCGCCGCUACAGAAGCAGGCGACAAAGAAGUCGCGGCGCCUAUCCUCGCCGGCCUUCUUCAAGUCGCCGUUCAGCAAGAACAAGAACAAGGGCGGCAGUUUCAAUGGCUUUGGCGGCAUCAAGAACAGCCAUUCGGUGCACGAGUCCACCUCCUGGGAGUGGUAUCGCCUGAAGCGCAGCGAGAAGCAGCAGCAGCCGCAUCACCAUUCAAAGCAGACCAAAAGCCUGCCAAAUUCCAGCCUGGACAGCUCCUCCCUGUCCGAGGUGAACUUUCCACUGAAUUCGAGCUCCAACUCCACACAAAACUCAUUUCGUAUACUCGGCGAGGCCAUACGAUCCUCGGGGGAGAGCAGCAGCAUUACGCCCAAUGGGAAUGGCAAUACGGGCGCCAGCGGUAGCAGCAGCAGUGGCAGUGGCAGCAACAGCGGCGGCAGCACCACCUCCUCCACCACAAAGAAGAAACAGCGCGCUUUCAAUAACAUAUUUCGCAAAGUUUUUUGAGUUUCGUUUUCUUACAUAUAUUUUAAAGCCCAGUGUUUUUAGAAGCCCUUUCAAUUGUGUUCACCAUGCAAAGAAGCCGCCAACAAGUUAAUAAAUUAAUUGUUAUAUAUAUUUUUUUUUUUCGAAAGAAACGUGCCCCAAUUUUAGUUCCUUUUUUGUGUUGAAAUUAAAAAAAAAAAUGCAAAUUACUGUAAAGAGAAACAACACAACAAAUUUAGUACUUAUUAUUAUUUUGUAAUGCUUGCUAGCAAACGAACUUUGCGCAUUUGCUGCUAGAAAACCCGAAACCUAAACCUAAACCGAAUGAAGGCAAUUUGUCUAUAUGCGAAAAAUCGUUUAACUGAAAUAAUUUAAUUACAAAACAUUAGUUGAUAAUUGUAUGAUGAUAUAUACUAUAUGUAUGUGUAUUCCAAGCCUCGUUAUUCUUGCUAUCCGAAAUCCUGUACUUUAAGUUGAUGAAAGCGAAAAACAAUUUGUUGCACGUUUUGUUUGCCACACUUAGCUCUUUGUUAUUAUUAGCAAUUCUACAAUACAAUUAGUUAAUAGUUUAGUUUUUUAUUUAUAACUAAAAUACAAUUAACAUUUAUUUAAAAAACCGAA